UCAGAUGUCUCCCAAGUACCAGACCGCCAUGGGAAAGCGAGGAAUUGAUGAUGCUUGUUCAUCCGAUACGACUGACAUUGCCAAACAUAUCGCAAAGAGGGCAGAAGAAGCAGAUGCCGUCAACAUGGUGCGUCGCUCUGCGAGAUUGGCCAAUGCGACUGACGUUGGUGAACGUACCGCGAAGAGAACGGAAAUAGCAGAUACCGUUAGCGUAGUUCGUCGCUCUACGAGACUGUCUGAGAGUCAACCGGAAAUAGGUCAAGACUUACCAGGGCGAUCUACGAAAAUCGAGAAGACGGAAAGCAAAAAGAAACCACGCAAGUCUUCAGCCAAGGCAAUAACGGUGCAGAGGCAAGAGAGCAAAGUCGGUAACCAUGAAUCAUUCAUGAAUAUGCCUGUCGACAUAUUCUACAAAAUCGCGAAUCACCUGACUCCCCAUGACAUACUGAACCUUUCGCGCACUUCAAAGGGUCUGCGCAGCGUUCUGACCUCAAAGAAAUCCGAGAACAUAUGGCAUGCUGCUCGGGAAGCUCUAGAAAUGCCGGAGUGCCCUCCGGACCUGUCCGAAAUGCAGUAUGCAGACUUAGUCUUCGGCAAGCACUGCUACUCAUGCAACAAACCUCGAGUUAGAAUCGUGUAUUAUGUGCACAGGACCCGACUCUGUGCGUACUGCCGGGAUAAGAAGUUAGUUUUAUACAAUUGGAGGCUGGCGGAGGAAUACAAAUAUAACACUGCUCAAAUGUAUGGGUUGCUACUCGCGGAUGGAGAUUACUACUCUCUAGACGAAGUACAGAACGUAUGGAACAAACUACAGGAACUCAACAUGAGAUAUUCAGAGCGUGCAAAGUAUAUAGCUGAGAGGAAACAGAAAGUUGCCGAUAUUAAGAAACAUGCAUGGGAGCUUUUGAAGUGGAGAAGACAGAAAAAAGAAUCGAUAAAGCAGGCAAAGGACUCCGAGAAGCAGAAGACUGUUAAACAAAGAGAGUCUAUGUGCGAAUGCAAACUUUUCCCUUUUCUUUGAUCUUCUGACACACACUUCAUCCUUAAUAAUAGGUUGCAGGAGAAGUUGAAAGCAAAAGGAUAUACAACUGUCGAUUUUUGGACCUGGUACGAUUCUGAAGACCUUAAAACGAAAUGGCGUCGGCAUAUGGAAUAUCCAAAGCCUCUUACAGAUCGUAUCUGGAAAAUAAUAGAACCAAGACUGGAUGCACUUAUUGCGGAGCGACGAGCGAAACGUGCAGAAUGUAAGCUGCAAUAAGCAACUGUAAUACUCUCUUUCACAUAGUGCCUUCACAGUAGUACUGGAAUUUUAUACGUAUUCAAACGUAUGUAAUAAUGUAUUGUGAACUAUU